GUAUCCCAGCAUGCCUUUCACUCGAUACGCUUCCCACAACAGCUGCUGUCUUUUGCCCUGCAGUCGAUCUCCCGGACCGUUAGUGCUCAGUACCCACACUGGGCGAGUCUGCAGGUGCUGGAAGGCAGCUCAUUGGCCGAGGGCAGUGUCAUCAGAGCUAUGAGCGAUGAGCAGAGCACGAAGCAGCCCAGCUCCGCCCCCUCUGUUGUCACGACAACAGGUCUGGUUUAUGAUGACAGGAUGAUGGAGCAUCUGAACAUGUGGGACAGACAUCACCCGGAGCAGCCGCAGAGAAUCUCCAAGAUCUUCUCCAAACACCAGCAGCUCGGAUUGGUCAAACGCUGCCAGCGGAUACCAGCGCGCCCAGCAACAGAGGAGGAGCUGACCAUGUGUCACAGUAUGCAGCAUGUGGAGCUCAUUAAAUCAUCGUCAGUGAUGAAGUCCAGAGAUCUUCAUAAACUUGGAGAAGAGUUUAACUCGAUCUUCUUCAACAACCAGAGUUUUCAUUCUGCUCAGCUUGCAGCCGGAGGCUGUUUUAAUGCUGUGGAGAGAAUCCUGAGAGGAGAGGUGAGUAACGGCGUGGCGAUCGUGCGACCUCCGGGACAUCACGCAGAGAGAGACUCUCCAUGUGGCUUCUGCUUCUUCAACACAGCAGCACUCGCCGCUCGUCAUGCCCAGAAAAUCUCCCAACCUGCACCACUGAGAGUCCUCAUCCUGGACUGGGACGUUCACCAUGGCAACGGGACGCAACACAUGUUCGAGGACGACAACAGUGUCCUGUACAUCUCCCUCCAUCGCUAUGACAACGGGAUAUUCUUUCCAUCAUCAGAGGAUGCCGCCCCAAAUAGAGUGGGUGUGGCCAAAGGGGCAGGGUUUAACGUCAACGUGGCGUGGAGCGGAGGACGGAUGGGCGACUCCGAAUACCUUGCUGCUUUUCACCACGUUGUCAUGCCGAUAGCUACCGAGUUUAACCCUGGUCUGAUCCUGGUGUCGGCCGGGUUCGAUGCAGCACGGGGUGACCCGCUAGGUGGAUAUCAUGUGACCCCUGAGGGAUACGCCCACCUCACACACCUGCUGAUGUCACUGGCCGGGGGGCGGGUCCUUCUCAUACUGGAGGGAGGUUACAACUUGUCGUCCAUCUCUGAGUCCAUGGCGAUGUGCACCAGCAUGUUGCUAGGAGACCCUCCUCCAUCCCUGGUGACCCCACUCCCCCCUCCUCAUCACGGCGCUGUGGCAACAAUUAACGAGGUCAUCCGACACCACGCCCCCUACUGGAGGUCCCUGAGGAUAAACAUCCCAGAGUUGGUGCGGGCAUCUCUGCCCCCCCUGAAGCAUCGUGGGAAACGUAGUUCGAAAGGAAAAGGCAGGAAGUCAGAGCAGAGCGGCACAGACAGACCCCUGCUGCCCCCUGCAGGAGCGAAGGACUCAGCGGCAGAGCAGAGUCUUCACCAGCUCACUCAGGGAUUGGCCAGUUUGGACAUCAGCCAAACUUCCGUCAGUCACGCACCUGCAACGUCCACUCCAGUGGGCGGGGCCAGGGCGAAGGUCCGGCCCAGCCCGGAGGUCACAUGUGAGGGUGAAGUGAAGGCGGAGUCCGGCAGUCUAGCCGUAUGUGAGCAGAACCAAUCAGCAGACAGCACACUGCCCCAGACUCAGAUUGUUGCUGUUCCUGUCGGAGAUGAAGCUGCUGGAGGAGCUGGGGCGGAGCUUGAGGCAGCAGGGGCGUGUGGUUGGUCAAAGCCUCAGAUGUGUGUGGAGCUGACGUGUGGAGGACGAACAGAAGAAUCAUCACUAUACGUGGUCGACCCUCUCUCCUGGUGUCCUCACCUGGACUCUGUUAAGCCCCUCCCCUCCUCAGGUAUAAACAUCUACAUGCCGUGUCAGGACUGUGGCUCUGAAGCUGAGAACUGGAUCUGUCUCACCUGCUACCAGGUGUUGUGUGGUCGUUAUGUGAACGAACACAUGGUGACUCACGGCGUCGUAUCUGAACAUCCUCUGGUCCUGAGCUUCUCUGAUCUCUCUGUGUGGUGUUACCUGUGUGAGUCCUACGUCCACAACCAGGUUCUGUUUGAAGCUAAAAAUGCUGCUCACUGUGCUAAGUUUGGAGAAGAGAUCCCUCCAUGGAGCUGAGAGGAGGAGGAAGUGAAGAGAAGCAGAGGAGGGAUGAAGGAGGAGGUGAUGCAGUAUUUGUUUUUCCCUCUCAUGUUUGGACCUUUUUAAGUUGCCAUGGAUACCAUCAACAGUGGUGCUUUAUGGGAAAUGUAGUUGAAUUCAGCGACAACUACGGUGUCCCACAGCUGCCAAAAAAGUCACAAAAACAAAAGAAGAAAAGAAGUGAACUGCAGAUAUUCAUCAGCAGCAGGUUUUCGGUUCAACCCCCUGAAACUGACAAACCAUCAGCGGACUCUGGAUGUUUUAUUUUGAAAGCUCGUUGGACAAAAAUGUUGAGGAUGCUGGUCUGUGGUGAUGAUGUCACAGAGGUCACGCCCACAACAACAUUUUAAUUUCUUCAGUUUUAUCGUUCUAAAUAUUUGUAACGUUCUUUUAACUGAUGAACACACGAUCAGAACACGUUUAAACACACAUCAUUGAAAGCACAGAGAUUCACACACGUAUCCUCAGCAACAAAACGUUUUUCUAACGUUAUGAUCGUUUAUGUUUGACAUUUUUUAGUUUUCUUCUUUUAUAAAAAAAAUGAAAACUGUAGUGUUUUCUACCAAAGCUUCAGACUUAGCGACAUCUAGUAGUGAAGCUGAAGAUUACAACCAACUGAAUACAAAAAUAUAAUUGGUUAAAACAUUUUGUCUAUUAAAUAAAAACAUUAUAAACACUGAUUUAUAUCAUUAAAUCACAUGUAAUCAAAUAAAUGCUGGAGACACUGAUGUUUAAAAUCUCUUCAGGUGCAUUUGAUUCCUUCACCUGAGUGUGACAUGAAUCAGGAUGAGAGUGUGUCUGAUCGUUGUCCUGCCGUUGUGGGACAGUGAAGACAGUGUGAGGAGUGAGAAGAGGCCGUGUGUGUGCUGUGCAAUACUCUGUUCUUCAAUUAAACCUGUUUGUUUCCUGCA